AUGGUUCAUGGGAAACCAAUUCUAAAAGACGGCGCUCUUAACAAGAUGGCAGAAAUUGAAAGAGAAUGGAAGAAGCUCCAAAUCUACCAACUUCAACUCUACUUAAGGAGGGGUAUUAUGGACUACACUACCACCAAAGGUGUGGACCCCUCUACCUACAUGAAUGCUUUUUUCCUUUUCAUCAAGGAUUCUAUUCAUGUUAAUGAUACCAAGACCCAAUUGUCCGACAAAGUCCGCAAGUUGAAGAACAAAUACAAGACCAAUGCCAUCAAAGCUAAAUUGCCCUCCAAUCCCCGUAACCAACAACUCUAUGAUUUGUCCCAAACGAUCUGGGAUUUUCAAACUAAUGCUGCUAAACUUGAUACCACAAACAAUAACAAGGACGUGGUUCAUGGGAAACCAAUUCUAAAAGAGGGCGCUCUUAACAAGAUGGUAGAAAUUGAAAGAGAAUUGAAGAAGCUCCAAAUCUACCAACUUCAACUCUACUUGACAAGGAUAGUACUCGGAGAUGGAAUUAUGCUUCUCAAGAAGAUUGCAAAUGUGGCCAACGGUUAA